GGUGGAGUCGCAGAGAAGCAACCAGCCAGCGACGCCACACAGCGCAUGUCCGCAGCGGGGCAGUCACGUUGCAGUGUUCAGUCCAAUCAACAUAAACUUUCCAAACAGAGAUUUGUAAGAUGGCGACCGCCGAACCGGAAACCAACCCAACCCAACCAAGUCCACCCCAGCCUGAUGAAGAUGGAGCUGAGGAGACUGGACAGGAGAUUGUGAGCCCAGAGGCCUACAUCAAACACCCCCUCCAGAACAGAUGGUCUCUGUGGUUCUUCAAGAAUGACAAGAGCAAAACAUGGCAGGCCAACCUGCGACUCAUCUCUAAAUUUGACACAGUUGAAGAUUUCUGGGCUCUCUACAACCAUAUCCAGUUGUCAAGCAACCUCAUGUCAGGCUGUGAUUACUCCCUUUUUAAGGAUGGUAUUGAACCCAUGUGGGAGGACGAGAGGAACAAGCGUGGCGGGCGCUGGCUGAUCACACUCAACAAGCAGCAGAGGAGAUUAGACCUGGACCGCUUCUGGCUGGAAACUCUCCUGUGCUUAGUCGGAGAGGCCUUUGACGACUACAGCGACGAUGUCUGCGGAGCCGUGGUCAACAUCCGCACAAAAGGAGAUAAAAUAGCCGUCUGGACAUCAGACUAUGAGAACCGGGAAGCUGUGACACACAUAGGGAGAGUUUACAAGGAGCGCUUGGGGCUUCCCAUGAAGAUGACUAUUGGCUACCAAUCCCACGCAGACACGGCCACCAAAAGCGGUUCAACCACCAAGAACAAAUUUGUUGUUUGAGAAACGCCCAAUGUGCCUCUUUCAGUUUCUUGUCUUAUUUGUUGUUGGUGCCUAUGUUUACUUUGCUGCAAAGACUCUGCGUAAUGCAAUCUGGAGGAAAACCACCCAAUCUACAUGCCAAAUGUCUCCAUAACCUGCCCAGGACUUGAACCACAGGAAGAAAAAAAAAACAUGGAAAACAGAUGAACAUGAAUCUUCCAAAACACUAACAGUGAGAGGUAUUAAUAGUGGAUGCGAUUUAGAGUGCUGCAUACUCUACGAAAGAAAAUUUUGUUGAUUUUUUUUUUUCUUUUUUUUUUUUGGUAGAGAAUCCUGAAAUGCAAACAAAAAUGUAUAUUUCUCUCCCAUUUUCUACAGCAUCAUUGCCUUGCUGUAAUCUUUAAUAUGAAACCCUUUUAAUUUAUUGUUAAUUUCCCUGCAUAUUAUUAGAUUGCUAGACCUUUGUUUUAUGCAUUUUUUUUUUUGCCUUGAACUAUUGCACGUAAUCAAUCUUUUUAAAGUAUUUCAUGACUCAUUAAUUUGAGUGUUAAUAUAAUUAAAACAUUAUUUUGCAAUUAUUAGUUGUUAAAUUGUGUAAUACAUUUUUGCAACUCAACCUGUAAUUGGUACAUUCCUUCUUGUAAAUGAUUUGCUUUUUGACUUGCAGUGGUGCUGUAUUGUAGGAAAUUGACUUUUAGUCGCUGAGGACAUUUAUAGUAGACCAUCCUAUAGUUUUCUACCAGUGGUCUACAAUUCCAGCUCUAUAAAAUAAGAAUACUACAGGAGACACCAUCAGUCUCAGGGAAACAGGAAAGUCCUUCCUUCAGCUUCCAAGUAGCUUAGGAUUCACCGUUCGCCCUAGCUGGUGUGGAAGUGCCAAAUUCAAACCGACUCACCCCCACCCCAUCAUCUCGAGAUCCCUUAAAAUGUCAGAAUAGAAAGAACUGAAAGAAAAGGUUACUUUGGGCAACAUGGCUUCCCAUCUCAGUUCAUUGCCGCCUUUAAAAAUGUCACUUCAACAUGACAAAUGUCAUCACGUUCUCAAGGAUCGGCGUUCUUUAAGCCAGCAGGUGAAGCAUCUACAACUAGAUCGUUCUUGAUCUGAUGAAGCGUUAAGUGACUGUAGAAGCUUCAUUUGGUCCCUUUUGAAGUUGUGGUCGGAACCUUUAUAGGCCAGCUGAUCUAUCAUGUAAGAUCCUUUGCAAGCACGCACCUAAAUGAUAAACAGUAAUAUAAAUGUAUGUUUAUAGCACCUUUCUUGCGCAGACAUCACAAAGUGCCUCACAAUAAAAGCAACAGACAGAAUAAAAGCAAUAUAAGUAUGUAAAAACAUAACAAAGGCCACUAAACAUAAAAUAAAACCAUUUAACAAAUCCUUGGCAGUCUGCUACACAGGCCUGCUGCAUCAAACACUACAUUGAAGCUGGCCCUCAUUCCACAAGAGUUGACUGUCACCGUAACUGUAAUUAAUGCGUGUAAUAUAUAACUAUAUAAGUGCCAAGAUGAAUACAGAGGUUUAAAAAAAAAAAAGAGUACCACCUCGAAGUUCUACAUUAAUCAAAUAUAGCAGAAGGUGGCCAAUGGACGUAACACUGUUUUUCAUAACUGUAGCACAUUGCUCAAACGUAUUACUUUAAAUGUAUAAGUAACAUAACCACAACAGUUCCGUUUCAGCUCAAUAAAUGCCGCUUUUAAAAUGUUUUGUUUUUCUGCUCUGGUCUCAGUAAUCAUGUUACAGUAUGUUAUUUGUAGUGUAAAUAUUAAAAACUAUGAGAAACAUCCAAUAACUCAUCUGCUUCUCUAUGCUCACUGUCCUCUGUGAUUGUCAUACAUUUAGAAUACGCGCGGAAUGGAUAUCAGAUAAUGGCUUCAUCUAUUUAGCGAGCGGCAUGAAAAGUGCCAGUUUAUUAGGUACACCUAGCUAAAAACAAUGCAGUCUAAAACAACAGCCCUUCAAUGAUCCAACCUUCAUAGAGGUUAUUAUGUUUUUGUUGUUGUCAUUGAAACUGUUUUAGAGAGGUGUUGAUUCAACUUUAUUGUCAUUUUGGAGUUUGUAGUGCUGUUGAAUUGUAUUGUGUCAUACUGAGAGGUGUUUGUAAUAUUUAGUGCACGUUCUGACAAAAUAUUCAAUCACCUCUCAGGAAAACAUAUACAUAACUUUUUAUAUAUUGAAAACAGUCCACCAACAUGGAUGAAUAUGA